CAUAAAACCAAGAUGGCUGCGCCCAGUAGUAAUCGUGGCAAGUCAACAGAUCUAGACCAACGGUUAUUUAGUGCAUUUUCUGUCUUUAUUGAGGUUGUAGAAUAACUAUGGAUUUGGUUCAGAAACGCCCGCGGUCAAAUACCGUCUCUCCUCCAAGGAAACACAGGAAACGGUCAACGUCAAGUAAAAAGAAACAUAAACAUGGAAAAACCAGAUACACCGACAGUUCUGAAUCCUCCAGUUCAUCAUCUGACACUUCAAGUACUGAGUCAUCGUCGUCAAGUGAUGAUAGCAGAUCACGUCGAAAGAAAAGAAAAUUGAAAAAGAAAAAAUCAAGACGGAAAAGAGAUACUUCCUCAGAUUCAUCAGAAGAAGAAAGGCAGAAAAGAAAAAAAGAAAGGAAAAAGAAGAAAAAAAAGAAAAAGAAAGCAAAGAAAAAGUUAAAAGAAGCAAAGAGAGUACAGGAAAAUUCAAAUAAAGAAAUCCAGGAACCUUCAGUGACCAAGCCGACUGUAGUACAAAAGAAACAGGAGGGCAAGGCACUAUCAGGACCAGCACCACGAGUGUUGAAACCAAUGACAAAGGAGGAAUGGGAGAAACAGCAAAGUGUUGUUCGUCGGGUGUACGACCCGGAAACGGGCAGGGACAGAUUAAUCAAAGGUGAUGGUGAAGUAAUUGAGGAAAUUGUCAGCAGAGAGCGACACAAAGAAAUCAACCAGCAAUCAACACGGGGAGAUGGUUUGUUUUUCCAGUCCAAGAUGGGAUUGUUACCAAAGUGAUACCGUGUCUUUACAUUCCAUAUUGGCCAAAUCUACACCAGAACUAGCUAAAUAUACACCCAAAAUAGCUAAAUCUACACCCGAACUGCCAAUUCUACACAGAACUAGCUAAGUCAUGUAGAGCUACACAUGUCUGGUGUGUGAACGGUCUACUCUUGUCCGUAUAUUGGAUUGUUCUUCAUCACCUCUAUAUAGGUUACGUAUUAUUGCUCAAACCACAGGGACAUAGAGUCAUAGGAUUAUCAGUUUUAGGUAUUAUCCAUAAGUUGUCUCCCCAUUUCUGGUCAAAACAUUGUGCUUGUACCAUCUACAUCAAUGUAAUUGCUAUAAGGCCAGAAUUAUUUUUAGAAUCUUGUCAGUCUAGAACAGGUCAGUUUGUGUGUGGAGUGGAACCUGCUUGUCUGGACAUUUUGGUUAGUGUGUACGUACAUUUGAACCACGCUAGUAUUAUUAGUUUAUUUUUCAUCAAAAUAAGACAGCAAUAUCGAUGAUAAAUUGUGAUAAUUGGAGUUGUUGGUUGGGGAGCCUCUGUAGAACAUCCGUGGCAGUUUUAGUCAACUUUGACCUGCUUUGAAGCACAUCUGAACCAUUGACAGGUUUACCCUAUACCAUAGAGGAACUGUGGCCAACUGUGGCCACCUUUUUAUUUGUUUUGUUUUUGUUUUUAUCCAUCAUUAUUAAAAUUUAUGAUAUGCAAACUCUGUGUGUGAAAGGAGUUUUAUGCUGUGGAAGCUUUAUAUAAGGAAUUUCAAACUAUGCAAGUUUGUUUUGAGUUAUGGUGUAAAGGAAGCUUGUUGUUGUUGUUGUUGUGCUGGGAUACGUUUAUUUUAGGUGUAUUAAUAUCAGACUUUGGUUUCAAGAAACAAUUAACCACGUAAAUGAGAUGUUUUUUACUUAACUUCAAUUCCAAAAUAGGGGAAGCAUUGCUAAACUUCAGGAAAAUAUGUGGAAAGGUAAGCUAGGGUCUGGUAUUACAGGUGUAUCGUAUGAUUUAUAAUCAUGUGUGGAAAGGUAAGCUAGGGUCUGGUAUUAUACAGGUGUAUCGUAUGAUUUAUAAUCAUGUGUGGCGGUUUCAUCAGAUAAUUGUUUGAAUGAACCAGAAGGAAAAAUCUUAGCUCUGCUAAGGAACAUAACCGAAAGUUUGUACAUGAAAACGAGGCCUGGCAUUUUUACUGAUGUAUCUCAUGAUUCAUAAUGAUAUUGGAAAGUUAAGUGAGAUGAUUUAGUCUAAAAUAGAUUACAUGGGAUUGUUCCAGUACCAAGCCUGUCUACAGUACACAUGCACUCAGAUCAGUUUCCUGUUGUUGGAUAGGUUCUAGAUCACCGUCAUUCACACAUGCCAGUGUCGUGAAUAACCUUUUAGUACUUAUGCAAUGAAGAUGUUCAUUGAUGUUUUUCUCUCGUCUUAUAUUUGAUAUUUGCUCACAUCAUACUUGAAAUAUUUUGCCAUAAAUAUCUAUUCUAAGCAAGCUCUUGACACAAGAAAACCCUAAGGAGAAAAUUUAAAUGAAGCAAUGGAUAUAAAUAUAGACAGACAUGCCCCCUCCACCAUUUAAUUAUUUCUAUUUAAGGCUGUGUAAUUAUUGUCAUGUCCUGUGUUUAACAAGUACAAUAUAAUAUUGUAUUAUGUACAAUGUCGUUAUAGGUAAUGUGAUGUCUGAAAUUGUGUUUACAUUUGAAUAAAAAAAAUUAAAACA